CCCGGUUACACGCUACUGAUCAUGUUCCGCGCUUUAUUAAAAACCCCAUACCUUAGGACCGUCAUUACUUAUCGACCCAAUUCUCACGUACCACAAAUCUCGUUCUUAGCAAGACAUUUAACGCAUUCGACACAAAUAAAAAUGGCCAACAAUUCUGAUGCAGAAUGGAGAGCAGUCUUGACGCCCGAGCAAUUCCGAAUUCUUAGAGGAAAAGGAACCGAAAUGGCGGGUACUGGUGAAUAUAACAAGCACUUUGGAAAGGGUGUCUACAACUGUGCUGGAUGCAACGCCCCGCUGUAUGUCUCGGAUACCAAAUUUGACAGCGGCUGUGGCUGGCCCGCAUUCUUUGAUGCAAUUCCUGGCGCUGUGGGACGAAACGUAGAUAGCAGCCAUGGAAUGGAACGUAUUGAGAUUGUUUGCAACAACUGCGGUGGUCACCUCGGUCACGUCUUUAAGGGCGAAGGAUUUGAUACGCCCACUGAUGAAAGACAUUGUGUCAACAGUGUCAGCCUCAAAUUUCAUGACAAAUAAAUCUUAACUUUGGAUCUUUC